AUGGCAGAGCAAAAGCAAGUCGGAUCGAGCCAGCAUUUGACCUCGAGAUCGCCACUGUAUGCGGUAGCGUGAGUCAAAGUCAAUCGUCCCACUGUCGAUUCCAAAGUCCACCGAAUCGCCGGCUGAUCAACGAACCCUUUGCACAGGGAUUUCUGCCUCAUCCCGAUGGGGACGCCGGGCACCUCCGUAGGCCCUUAUAUCGCAGAGUGUCAAAGGGUGCUGGAGAAGCUCGUGAAGCGGGGCGAUCUCAGGACGUAUGAGGUGCGCAGAUGCAAGGCAGGGUGCCGCAUGUCGGUAAGGUCUCGAUUGACUUGACGGCAAGACCGCUGAUCCUCUUCUUCUUCUUCUUCUCCGUCCACCCCUCCAGAUGCAGUAAGUCGGCCGACGCAGCCCGUUGCCGAAGCGUACACUCACUCAAGUCGAGGUCAUAUUAUUCCCCUCAGCGGCUACGGCACCAAUUUGGAAGGCACAUUCGCACAGGUCUCGGCGGCGAUUGAGCAGUGCCAUGAGGCAGUGCACGCGAAGGGAGUGCGUACAGGAUCCCGAGUAGCGUUGAAUGCCAGGUCGAAGCGGUGUCGUCUUGCUCACCCGCUGCAUGCCUUCUCACAGGCACCACGCAUUGCAACGGAUAUCCGGAUAGGCACACGCACCGACAAACCAGCACCAACGCAAGGGACCCCAGAGCAGCUUACGUCUGACGAACAGGAAAAGAAGGAGGACUGGACUGCAGGUCUUGGAGAGAACGAGCGAAAGAGGGAGAGUGUCAGGAGGAUAUUGGCAGGCGAUGCAUAA